GAAACCCCAGCAGUGGAGACUCGAAGCAGCAGCUGGAUGUGAAACCACAAGUGCAUUUUACUUCUACUACCAGUUAGCUAGCUAGCUAGAUCAAAGAGCUGUGUAUAACACUGGACAUGGCGAGCGAGUGUAUUUUCCGUUCCUUUGGUUUUCCGUUGUGUUCACUUUGAGAGUCUUGUGGGUCCCCCCCCCAGUCAUGUAGCAGAACCGUUACCGCUAACUGCACGAUCACGGAAUCGCCGAGUAGGCCUCUGUAAUGCCUCGGAAUACGGCACAAGCUUGAGCCGACCGAACUGUGGUCGAGACAGCUGGUUUGUUGUGGAACAUUGCCGAGAUAGAGAGACCAGUGUGUCUUCAUAGCGUUGUCUGUGCUCUCGGAUUGAGAGAUGCUUCCGCCGUCGAGAAGGGAUUUUGUAUCUCUGGCUCUUGCUGAAAGUAGAGGUUACACGAACGGCAAGCAGCGCAGACAGUCUUGCUGGAGGAAAUGGAAGCAGCUAUCCCGCCUGCAGCGCAGUAUUGUCCUGUUUCUUCUGGCCCUGAUGCUGAUUGGUGGAUUUGCCUUGUAUCCCAGUCUUUCACCACAAUGGGGAGUAGAGGAGCACAAGGAAGAGAAGAAGCAGCCGUUUAUCAUAGACGUGAAGGACCAGGGCAGGCCUGUUCUACCCGAACCACGUUCAGAAAGGAGAGGCCUACGCAAGCGAGGGCCGCCCGCGCUGCAAAACCGCUUGCAGGGCAGGGGGAACAGCUCUGAGGUCCGGCUCAAGAAUGCGCAGGAAGAGGAGGAAGGUAAACCACUCAUCAGCUGGCAUGGGGCUGUGAUUGAAGCAGAGCAGGCCACUGACCCAAAUGCCAAGGAGAAAGAGAAGGCAGUGGAACCCGAGGACCCGUCAGUGCUACAGCUAGAAGAGAGCAGGCUGGAGGCGGUGAGGGAGGCCUUCAGGCAUGCUUGGAAGGGCUACAAAGAGUUUGCCUGGGGUCACGAUGAGCUCAAACCUGUUUCGAAAUCUUAUACGGAAUGGUUCGGGCUGGGCCUGACCCUUAUCGACGCAUUGGACACUAUGUGGAUCUUGGGUCUGAAAAAAGAGUUUGAGGAGGCCAGGGAGUGGGUGGCCAAAGAGCUCACCUUUAACAAGAACGUAGAUGUGAACCUGUUUGAGAGCACCAUACGCAUCCUGGGUGGUCUGCUCAGCACCUACCAUCUGACCGGUGACGCACUGUUUCUGGAGAAAGCUAAAGACUUCGGCUCCAGGCUGAUGCCCGCCUUCAGCACCCCGUCCAAGAUCCCCUACUCGGAUGUGAACAUCGACAAAGGUACGGCCCACCCACCCCGCUGGACUUCUGACAGCACCAUGGCCGAGGUGACCAGCAUCCAGCUGGAGUUUCGGGAACUCAGCCGCCUCACUGGAGACCCCAAAUACCGGGAGGUAGUUAUGGAGGUGAUGAGGCGGGUGCACAGGCUGGAGGGGAAACACGACGGCCUGGUGCCCAUGUUCAUCAACACCAACAGCGGGCAGUUCACGCACGUGGGCGUCUACACGCUGGGUGCCCGUGCAGACAGCUACUACGAGUACCUGCUCAAACAGUGGAUCCAGGGCGGAAAGAAGGAGACUGAGCUGCUGGAGGACUACGUGCAGGCUGUGGAGGGCAUUCAAAAGAACCUGCUGAAGAGGUCGUCUCCUCUUGGCCUCAUGUUCGUGGGCGAGCUGUCUCACGGACACUUCAGCCCCAAGAUGGACCACUUGGUGUGCUUCCUGCCCGGCACGCUGGCGCUGGGGGUGCACCACGGCCUGCCGGCCGAGCACAUGGAGCUGGCACGCCAGCUCAUGGAGACGUGCCAUCAGAUGUACGUGCAGAUGGAGACGGGUCUGAGCCCGGAGAUCGCCCACUUCAACACACAGGCGGACAGUAUCCAAGACGUGGACGUCAAACCUGCAGACAGACACAACCUCUUGCGGCCAGAGACUGUGGAGAGCCUCUUCUACCUGUACCGAUUCACCAAGGACAGGAAGUACCAGACGUGGGGCUGGGAGAUCCUGCAGAGCUUUAACAAGUACACCAGGGUUGACACAGGUGGCUACACGUCCAUCAAUAACGUGCGAGACCCCACAUCUCCCAGCCCACGGGACAAGAUGGAGAGCUUCUUCCUGGGUGAGACGCUCAAAUACUUCUACCUGCUGUUUUCAGACGACUCCAACAUUAUAAACCUGGACAAAUACGUGUUCAAUACAGAGGCCCAUCCUCUGCCUAUAUGGCCGCAGACAGAUUGAUGGGAGUACAGGAGUGCAUGCAUGCACGUGCGUACACACACCAUUCAGGGUC